AUGAAAAUUCAGUCCCGUUUACGGUGCCUUAUUACUGCGCCAGGUAUUACGGGCAAAUACGGCCUAUUUACUGCCGUACCACCAGAUGAAAUUCUGGUAUUGACCCCAGGUAGUGACUCGAGUUACAUUACGUACAUCAAAGGUGGUCAUCGUGUUCAAGCAAAUUUCGAUAUAAAUGAUCUCGUCUACAGUUUAGUCUUACAGUUUGAAUCGAAAGCAUUGAUCGAGGAAUUUCUCAUUGAUGAUUAUAUCGAUCAGCAAAAAACUCCAUCAGCUUCAUCAACAGUUGUUCGCAACAUUGACGAAUUUAUUACAAAAAUUAUCGACCUCAUAAAUAAACUUGAAGAACAUAUCCAAACUCAAACACAAGAAUAA